AUGACUGCUUCUUGUGGACUACUUCUGGCUUUUUUGGCUCUGCCGAUGGCAGUGACCAUAGCAACACAGCCAAUGAUUGCAGAGGGAAUACAGAAACUACCCGAUUGUGCGCAAAAGGGAGAAUCUUACCUUACUGUUGGCAAUCGCACCCUUCUAGCAACAGAAGUACUGGUGGCGGUACAGGAAGCAACCGGUCCAAAACCCACAAGCAUGAAAUACGACUGCGAUCUGGAAUUUUUCGCCCUUUUUUAUCUCAAGAACCUGAAGAAGCUCUACUUCUCUCUCACGUCAAAUCUGGACGUAGCAAUGCUUAAAUUUCAAGGCAUUGCAGAAAACUUUGGAAAAGAAGUUCCGAGAAAGAUGAAAAAGCGGAUGCUCUUGUUCGAACAGGUUAUUCUGAAGAGAAGGUUUGGCUGCAACUACAGUAUCGCUGGCGGAAGAUAUCGAGUUGUUUGUCUUUUUGUCUGA